UACAAAAUACUAAAGGUUUUCCUUUUUUUUUUCUCCAUAUUUAGCUCAUUAUUUACAAACUUGUGUGAGUUACAUGUACUUUCUCCCUUUAUCUCUCUCACUAGGAAGAGAUAUUGUAGACCUCUGAAAAUGGAUAUUCUCACAUGCUCAUCUUCAGAGAGAAAAGCCGGCAGUCACUGAAAGAAAGACUUGAAGUUCCUUUCUCUUUUUCAAUGUCUUAAGAACAGGAAAUACAGAAAUGAAGAUGAUUCUCAGGGUGGAGCCCUGAAUUACAAUGUCCUCCACUCUGGCAACAGAACAAAUGUCCUGAAGCAAUGACAAGACCCAGCGAGAACAAUGCUUUCCUUGAGCUGGGUAUUUCUUUGGCUUAUCGCAGGAGGGAAAAUUAAAGGAUUUAACACUUCAGAUUGCUCCACUGGAAAGCUUCUUAGGACAUACUCUGCAAGGUGUGGGGAGGAGUUUGUCUUAUUUUGUGAUUUUCCAGAGCCACAGAAAUCCCAUUUCUACCACAGAAGUCAACUCUCACCAACGCAAAGCUCUGAACACCUGCCCUGCAGUGGUAGUAAGAACCUAUCUGAUGUCCAAUGGUACCUACAACCUCCAAACAGAGAUCCACUAGUAGAAAUUACACAAAACUAUCCUCACGUGAUCCAGGACAAGAGCACCCUUCAUUUCUUGACCACAGAGAUGAAUAAUGCUGGGUCAUAUAUUUGUAGACCUAGGAUUAGGAGCCCCAAGGAUGAGGCCUGUUGUGUCAAGAUGAUCUUAGAAGUUAAACCCAAGACAAAUAUGUCCUGUGGGAGCUCCAUAUCACAUGAACAACUCCUUCUUCUUGGUAGCAUGGGCUCCAUUUAUUGCCCCGGUCUCAGCCACCAAAAUGAUACACAAAGUCCAGAGGUGACCUGGUACCAGAAUGGAAAACUACUCUCUGAAAAAAGGAGGAACCCAAUUGAAGUGGAUGACGUUUAUGACUAUCACCAGGGCACAUACGUGUGUGAUUACAUUCAGUCAGAUAAUUCAAGUUUAUGGACAGUCAGAGCUGUUGUUCGAGUAAAAACCAUUGUGAAAAACACUAAUCUCAAACCAGAUAUUCUGGAUCCCAUCAAGGACACCCUGGAAGUAGAACUUGGAAAGCCUUUAACUCUUAACUGCACGGCCCGAUUUGGCUUCGAAAUAAACUUUAAGCCUGUGAUAAGAUGGUACGUCAAAGAUUCUGACCAGGAGUGGGAAGUCCCAACACCCGAGGGGAGAAGUGUUAAAUCCACCUUAAAGAAUGAAGUCAUCGAGCGUGUUGUCUUCCUGAAAGAAGUUACUCAGAGCGAUCUUCGCAGGAAGUUCAUUUGCUUUGCCCAGAACUCCAUUGGGAACACUACCCAGUCCAUCCAACUGAAAGAAAAGAAAGGAGUGGUGUUCCUCUACAUCCUCCUUGGCACCGUCAUGGCCCUGGCAGGUGUGCUGACCGCAGGUGCGCUCUUCUACAUGUACUGGAUUGAAAUAGUGCUGCUGUACCGAACCUACCAAAACAAGGAUGAGACCCUCGGGGAAAAAUCCCAGUUUGCUGGAGUGUCACAGGGAUGUGGAAGAAAUCAGGGUGACUACGGUGUGUCACACAGGAACUGCACAGCAUGUACCUGCUGGCCACGCCCCCUGAGCCACCGCCUCCCCACCUGGGCAAUGAGAAGUAUCUUAGAUGCACCUCCAGGACCUCGCCCUUUGGCAUCCUCCUCUCUUGACGCCAGACCACCUCUGUUUCCCUCUUGCUUUUCUGUUUCUGACACUUCUGUUGGCUAAAGCCUCUUAGGUCCGUGUCGAGCAAACUGCCAAGCUGCAUCACUGCUCUUUGCUACUUUGUAAUAAUACUAUUUGCCUGGCAUUGUGCAAAGUGCUGGAAGAUGAGCCAGCUGUGUGCCACUCCAGAGCUCGUGGGUUAACUUUUGAGAUUUUCUUUGGCUUCCAGUUGGUUCUUUAGCACAUCCCAGAGCCUAUGUGCAUUUAUAAUAGUUGAGUCAACAGAGGCACAUGAGACCUUAAAAAUACCCUAAAACAAGUUCCAAAAUAUAGUUUUCCAUCUAAAAGGGAAAGGAAUGCAUAUUAUCUUGUGCCUGCCAUAAGUCAGUCACCAAAUCCUUCAUAUACAUUAUCCCAGGCAACCCUGACAGAAGCAAGACGGGGAGUUAUCAUUAUCUCAUUUUACAUAUGGGGAUUCAAACACAGAUACGUGUGCUGUCAGCUCGCUCAUGCACUGGGUCUCUGCAGUGCUUUGCUCACUGGGUAUUAUCACGCUUUGAUGGAGCAGACUCCACUUUGAUGUGUGACUAAUGAGACAGCAACGCUGCAGAUGCAAAAAAAGCUCAGAGGAACUCCUGAGAACAUGUGAUUUAAUCAGAGAAGGCCCCAGCUGUUUGAUCUGACGUCAGUGAAGGUGCAGGAGUGCCUCAUCGAUUAGAAUCUGAUUCUGGGUGGAUAAUCAAUACCCCUCAGCAGUGUGAUUCUGAAAUGAACACAGAUGCUGCGUUUUAUUUAAUAAAUCAGUGCAGUAAGGAUCCCAAAUCUUAAUUCUUAUCCAUUUACCAUAUGGUUCGAGUGUAUGUAGGUAUGCCACGAGAGUAAAAAAUAUGUCAAUGGCUUGCAUUCUUUUUUUUUUUUUGCGGCACGCGGGCCUCUCACUGUUGUGGCCUCUCCCGUUGCGGAGCACAGGCUCCGGACGCACAGGCUCAGCGGC